CAUAGACAUGGACGUGAUUCAAGCUGCAAAGAAAAUUAUCAAUCAAAAAUCGUUGGAAGGGAACGAUGAUGCAUUUUAUGUUAUGAAUCUUGAGGAUGUGAAAAUAAAAUAUGAGCAUUGGGUUGAGAAAAUCCCAAGAGUGAUGCCUUAUUAUGCUGUAAAGUGCAAUGAUGACGAAGAAGUUCUUAAAUUAUUGAGAGAUUUAGGAACUGGAUUUGAUUGUGCAUCAAAAAAGGAAAUCUUGCAAAUGCUAAGUUUAAACGUUGAUUCAAAUAAAAUUAUUUAUGCUCAUACUGUAAAGCAAAUAUCGCAUUUGAAGCUAUCAGCUGAAAAAGGCAUUAAAAAAGUCACAUUUGAUUCAGAAGCUGAGCUUUAUAAAAUUAAAGAGUUUCAUCCAAACUCAAAAGUUGUGCUGAGGAUCAGAUUUGAUGCAUCAAAUUCAAUUAUUAAUUUAGGUACUAAAUUUGGCUGCAAUCCAAUAACAGAAGCACCGAAGUUAAUAGAAUUAUGCAAGGAAUUAAAAAUCAACCUUUUUGGGAUCGCAUUUCAUGUUGGAUCAGGCACAACAGAUUUUGGUGUCUAUGAGCGAGCUCUAGAUGCUGUUCGUAAACUUUUUGACUACGCUGAAACAAUGGACAUAAAAAUGAAGUUUGUGGAUAUUGGUGGAGGCUUCAUUGGCAAGGAUUUGUCGAUUUUUGAUGACUAUGCUAAAUCAAUUAAUGCUGGAAUCGAAAGAAACUUCCCAUCAAGUGACAUAGAAAUUAUAUCCGAACCUGGAAGGUAUUUUGUAGAUUCAGCAUUUUCUGUCGUAUCACAAGUCAUUUUAAAGAAGCACCAUGAAGAUGGACAAAUUUAUUACUACUUAAAUGAGAGUAUCUACAUGUCAUUCCUUAUUGCUCAUUUAUACAAAGAACAAUUAGAAUUCUCAAUUAUUCGAGCAUCAGAACCUGAAAAGGAACCUAAAGAUAAGUUAUCAACAGUCUGGGGAUGCACGUGCAAUUCUAGGGAUAAAAUUAUUGCUGACAGGUUGAUUCCAGAGCUACAAAUGGGUGACUGGAUAGUUUUUCACAAUAUGGGAGCGUAUACAACGACAGUGUCCACUGCAUUCAAUGGAUUUCAAAACUUAAAUAUUUUUGGUAGUGCCGAUCUUUGAAGUAAGUUUACACGAAAAUUCAUAGAAUUUUUUUUAAGUUGCUUAUCAAGUGGAUAGACGAUAAAAGCUGUUGUUAACUUAUCAAAAUAUUUUUCAAUAAAUUUUGGAACCAGAC